GCGUUCAAUUCGUGGACCAAACGUGAUCUGGCGAACAAGCGCAUGCACAGAAUCAGAGACAAGUUGAGUGGUGAUAUCAAUUUUGACAACGCAUCGCGCCUGGAAGUGUCAUUAGACCUUGUAAGAGCGUGCGGCAAGUUCUUGGGCAAGAACGCCUUUUCCUUGUUGGAGCAGUCCUACGCGAACAACUAUCGCCGCCCCGGGUGGUGCUCGCAACACGGGUCGCUCAUGGGGCCCGGCGCCUUGGCGGGCGUCAACAUCAUCAACGGGACAUGGAAGCAGAGCGGGACGGGCAGCACGCAGCUCGGGGAUGUGUUGCAGCAGUUCGACGACUCCCACGCUAAUAUGCAGAAGCUGCGCCGCUUGUUCCGGGAAGAUUUGCAGUCUCUCCAGGUGUUGGUCAAGAAGACACGCGGCGCGAAGCGGGCCCUGGCUAGGGAGCUAUGCGAAGCCGUGGAACACAUUCUUGGUAUGUCUGACACGGGCUUGCAGUUCGUGUACUGCGAGAUAGCCAAGGUCGUCACGUUCCACUACAACCUCCACAAGCGGUACUGGCGCCUGCGCAAGCUGCGCGGCGACGCGGGCAAUGCGGCUGGCAGCGACGCCGAGGACGGCGACCACGGGAGCGACAACGACGACUGA